CCACACAGCUGCGGUAAUUAGUGAGUGAGGGGUUGUGGUGGGGGGACUCGGGCUUAGAUUUGUGACUGUUGGUUGCCGUGAAGAUCAAUCCACAGUCGAAUAGAUUGAGCCCUCUGCUGUUGUCUGCAGAGUCACUGUGCCCGUGAGGUCACCUUUCUGUGCUUCAAAGUCCAUCAUUGCCCUCUUGUGACCACAACACAUGCCAGUCAGAUGUUGGAGGAAAUUACCCCACAGGUGGAACUGUUCUUCUCUUAGCAGAUAACCCAGUGUGGCAUAGGUGGGCAGACCAUGAGCUGCACAGAUGUCACUGUCUCGUCGGGCCAGAGGAUGCCAGCCGUAGGCCUGGGCACCUGGAAGAGCAGCCCUGGGCAGGUGAAGCAGGCAGUGCUGGCUGCACUCGACUGUGGCUACAGGCACAUUGACUGCGCAGCGGCCUACAGCAACGAGCACGAGGUGGGGGAGGCUCUGGCUGAGAGGGUUGGGCCCGGGAAGCCCCUGAAACGGGAGGAGGUCUUUGUGACCUCUAAGUUGUGGAACACCAAGCACCACCCUGAUGAUGUGGAAGCUGCCUGCCGGAAGACCCUCUCCGACCUGAGGCUCAGCUACCUGGACCUGUACCUCAUGCACUGGCCCAUGGCCUUCGAGAGGGGGGUUGAGCUGAUGCCUAGACGGCCCAAUGGCACCGUUCGCUACGCAGACACCCACUACCGAGAUACCUGGGUGGCCAUGGAGAAGUUGGUGGAUCAGGGCCUGUUGAAGGCUAUAGGGUUGUCCAACUUCAACGCCAAGCAGAUUGAUGACAUUUUUAGCAUUGCAAAGCACAAACCAGUUGUGAACCAGGUGGAGUGCCACCCUUACCUGAUCCAGUCAGAGCUGCUGGCCCACUGUAAGAGCCGAGGGUUGGCUGUCACCGCCUACAGUCCCCUUGGUUCACCCGAUCGCCCCUGGGCCGCCCCAGGUGAGCCCCUGCUUCUGGACGACCCACGCAUCCUCGCCAUAGCCAAACGCUACAACAAGGCCCCUGCCCAAGUCAUUAUCAGAUGGCAGGUGCAGAGGGGAGUUAUAUGCAUACCGAAAAGCGUCACUCCAUCCAGGAUCAAGCAGAACCUCGAGGUGUUUGACUUUGAAUUAUCGGAGAAAGACAUGAAGCAGAUUGACUCCUUCAACCUUAAUGAGAGACUCAUCAUUCCCACCAUAGAGAAAGACGGUGUGAGGGUGUGGAGGGACGCGAUUCAUCCUCACUUUCCUUUCCAUGAUUCGUACUAACUACCUCUUACCACGCCCAGGGAAACCUAGCUCCUUGGAACCUUCUGAUUUCUGCAAGCUACUGUACCAAGCACUGAGAAGUAGUCUGAUAUUCAACAGGCCGAGUGUGGUAUGCUACACUACCAGCCCCACUGUAACAAUGAAUAAAAAAUGUUUCGAAUCUCA